UCGUGAGAGAAGUUGUGUCGCAGUACAGAAAUUUAAAACCGCACUCAAACAUGCCGGACUGGAGAGAACGUGACGAUUCGGACCGCGGGUAUGGCGGCGGUGGCGGCGAUAGCUACAGCUACGACCGGGAGCGCCGGGACUACCGCAGCGACCGGGGUGGAUACGACCGCAACGGUGGUGGUGGCGGUGGCUACCGCUCGGGCGGUUACGGCGGCCGACGGGACGAUGAUGGUGGAUAUCGCGGCGGUGGCGGUGGCUACCGCGGCAACGGUGGUGGCGGCGGUGGUGGUAGCGGUGGCGGCAGCCGCGGACCACCCCGCAUUGACCCGGCAACGGCCAAGACCGAGGUGUUCGAGGUCGAAGCCGACAAGGUGAAGUUCAUUAUCGGUCGCGGCGGCAACAAGAUCCGCGAGAUCCAGGAUCGUUGCCGCGUGUCGGUGCAGAUUGACAAGGCUCGCAACGAGAACGGCGCCAAUAAUGUGUCGGUCAUGGGCGAUCAGCUGAACAUUGAUCGCGCACGGGACAUGAUCAAUACCAUCAUAAACGACGACCGACGGGACCGGGAGGACGAUCGGCGGCGUGACGGCGGUUCCAUGCCCUUCUAAGGCGGUGGUGUGGCUUUGCAGCGGCAGGGGAACACGCAGCGGCGGGGUGUCCUUGUCCCGCACCCGCACAUUACUAAGAAGCUGAACGGAUGGAGGCAACAAAAAGGGAGAGACGGUGUGAAUGCGGUGCAAGCAAGAAAAAGAGCUGCGUGAAGUACGUGAAAACAUGAACCCCAACAGUGGUAACAAAAAGAAAAGAAACACAACAAAACCAAUGUAUAAGUAGAAAACAAAAUAAGAGAGGGCAAACACUAACACUGACCGUGAAGAAGGGAAAGCGAAAACAAAUGAUAAAAAGUCCAAUAAUGUGUGUGUGUGUGUGUAAUCCGAUGAUCGCGUAUGUGAAGCAAUCCCUCCCCCCGCCCCUCAUCAUCCGUCUGAUGCGCGCGCUAGGAUAUCGAACCUAAUUUUCCUCAUCCCACGAUACGAAAGAGUACAAGUACACACACACACCCACCCCACAGGAGCGAGGUUUUUUUCUUCUGUUGCGAGCAACGGAUCGACAGGAGCUAGGAUCUACUAAAAGGGCGGAAAUAAUACACGCGACCGGAUGUUAGGAAACAGGUACUGAUACUGUAGUGUGCGCUCAUUUUGCUCGCGCAAGUUGUGAGAGGCAUUUAAGUGAUGAAUUCCAUAAGAGAAGAGGUAGGCCAGUGGACAGAAUAUGCCCGUUUAAUGUGAGACUAUGCGAUUCUCCCCCCUCCCUACUCGUACACAAUACAACAUGCAUUAUUUUCCCACUCAGUAGAAGAAAAAAAAAGCUAUAGAUCACAGUAGGCGGCGAGAUAUCAUCUCACGCGUGACGCGCGAGUGAGAGGGAAAUCGUGCGGGCUCCAUUGCAUUUCUUCGUGGCGCAUCCGUUGGCUAGGCGAGAGUCAGGUGAAAUUAGCCUGAGUGUGUGUGUGCGUGUAUAGUUCGUGUGUACGUUUUCCAAUCUCUUUUUACCAAUAUCGGACGCGCUCUACUCUCGAAUCGUGUGUCGUAUCAUUCACCCGUGUACAUUUGACGAGACUGAUUCCAAUUGUUUUGCUUUAUAAUUUAGUAUUGUACUAAUCGACCGUGUUAGGCGAGAGUGGCGGGCGGCGCUACUUUCCGUUUCAGUUUGAUCUUCCCGUGCCGUGGAAAACCAGCUGGCAUAGGGUUUUUGCAUAUUCCUUCUGUGAAGAUUUCCUUUCGGUUCCCUCUCCUUCCCUACUGAUUAUUAGGUACGUAAGCCGGCAUUUUUCUUUUAUUUUAAUAGUGAAAGAAGCGAAAGAGAGAGAGACAGAGAGAGCCAAGCCAGUGAGGUUUAUCUUUUUAUCGUACGGGCCAGCAAAAACAAAUUAAGGCAUGAUAGGAACGAAACAAAAUGCGGCAGCGAAAUGGGAGACACUUUGAACCUAACAAUUGAAGAGUAGUUUAUACUAUCCCGGACCAAACACGGUGGAAUGGUGAGAUGUAGAAAACAUAGCAAAAAAGAAAAAAAGGCAUGCGUAAUUAUGUACGAUUCACGACACUCCACUCAGCAGCGGCGAAGCAUUAAGCAAGAGUAGAAAGGAAGGAAGAAUGGGAAGCAUACGCAGAAACAAAAAUAUACAUGCAGUGUGAAAUGGUAA